AUAUUUAGGAAGUCUGCAGACAAUUUUUUGGGGUUUUGUGAUUGUCAUUAUUGUUUUCUUCUAACGCGGUAAACAAAAGGAACAUUAAACAUGGUCUCGGAGUUAGUUUUAUUUUGUUGUGAAAAAGUAAAACAAUAAAUUUUUAUCCAAAUUUAUGAAAAAUUAAAAUUAUACUCUUUGACACAUAAUGCUUCAGAAUGGAGGCUGAAAAUGUUGAAGAGAAAGUUUCUUCUCCACCUACAUCUAAAUUAAGUAGUCCCACAACUGAAGCACUCGAAACUGCUAUUUUGAAAGUGUUUUUAAAUUCUGGGAGUUGUGUCAUCGUCAAAUUUGCUGUUGACACGUUAGUGAAGACUGUAGUGCAAGCUGUUAGUAGCCAAAUAGCUUGCGAUACAAGGGUCUUUGAAAGUUUGUAUGGCAUACGGCUAGCUCAUACUCUUUCGGACGAUGUAUACUGGAUUCAUGGCGAAAGUGUUGUUCUACAAGUUGUUAAAAAGUAUCAGGCUCUGUUAUCCAUUGAUGAAUGGAGAUAUGAGCUGCGAGUUCGCUAUUUGCCUAGUGAUUUACGAGAACUGUAUGAGAAAGAUAAAGUAACAUUUCAUUAUUUCUAUGAACAAGUAAAGAAUGAUUACUUGAAAUUAAAGUGCAAUGUUGACCAAGAAUUAGCUCUUCAACUAUGCUGUAUAGAAAUUAGACGCUUUUUUAAAGAUUUAUCACACAUAGCUCUUGAUAAAAAGUCAAAUUUUGAAUAUUUGGAGCGAGACAUUGGUCUUCAUAAAUUUUUACCAGCUGCAGUUAUCACUGCCCAUAAGCCAAAGACUCUUAGAAAAAUGAUGCAGUCUCAGAUGAAAAAGUUUGUGUCGCUGAGUGAAGUAGAUUGCAUGUUCAAGUUUUUACGUCUAGUCCACCCUAUUCUACUUUAUGAUAGGGAAAUAUUUAAAGUCGCCCUUGGGGGUGGUUGGAGUGUGCCAAUUGAACUUGUUGUAGGCCCUGAUCUUGGUAUCAGUUAUUUGACUGACAGAGCUACUCAACCCACACAUGUAGCAAGCUUUCAUCAAGUACAGUCUUUACAAACUAUACAGUCUGAAUAUGAGUCAGGUUGCAAGGCUAUAUUGCAGUUGAAAAUUGCUGGUGCAUCUGAGAUGUUAAGUAUAUCCUGCCCAACUUUGGCGAUUGCAGAAAGUAUGGCGGAUCUUAUUGAUGGAUAUUGCAGAUUAGUUCACAAAACACAAACUUCUUUCUGGAACAAAAAAAAUGAGCGAUGUCCAAGCUUAAAUUCUCCUCAGAGUGAUAUUGCAGAUGAAAAUGACAAAAAUCAAGAAAUUGUAUUUAGAGGGGAUUCUAGUGAUUUAAUUGACGAUGAAGGGGACUACUCUACUCCCGUUGCGAGAGAUUAUGAAUUAAAUCGUGCUGAUGUUGUUUUGGGUGAUAUUAUUGGUGAAGGACAGUUUGGUGAUGUACACAGAGGAACUUAUAAAUCUAAAGAUGCAUUAACUGUACCAAUUGCUGUGAAAACUUGCAAAGUUGAAAGUGAAGAAUCUGUUGGGGAAAAAUUCUUAGAGGAAGCAUAUAUUAUGCAGCAGUUUGAUCAUCCACAUAUUACAAGACUAAUUGGUAUUUGUUCUGAAUCUCCUAUCUGGAUUGUUAUGGAAUUGGCAAAGCAUGGAGAAAUGAGGGCUUAUUUGCAGAAUAAUCAAUCAAGACUUGAUCUAGGUACACUAAUAUUGUAUGCUUACCAGUUGAGCACUGCAUUGUCAUAUCUGGAGUGUCGCAAGUUUGUACACAGGGAUAUUGCAGCAAGAAAUGUCUUGGUGUAUGCAAAAGAUUGUGUGAAGUUAGCUGAUUUUGGCUUAUCACGAUGGGUUGAAGAUCAGUCUUAUUAUAAAGCAUCUAAAGGAAAACUACCUAUAAAAUGGAUGGCUCCUGAAUCUAUAAAUUUUAGACGAUUCACAACUGCUAGUGAUGUCUGGAUGUUUGGUGUUUGCAUGUGGGAAAUUUUAAUGUUUGGGGUAAAACCUUUUCAAGGUGUACGAAACAAUGAUGUCAUCGUUAAAAUUGAGAAUGGGGAAAGACUUCCUUUACCACCAAAUUGUCCACCACGACUUUAUAGCUUAAUGUCACAAUGUUGGUCCUAUGAGCCUUCAAAGAGACCAAGCUUCAAAGAAAUGAAGCACAUUUUGAGAGAAAUUUUAGAAGAUGAAAGAACACAAGUUGAAGAUACACUGAAGCGUGAAAAUAGACGUAUUCAAGCAAUGUCAUGGUGUUCUUCUGGAUCAGAUGAACCACCACCAAAGCCUGCUAGACAUCAAGUUGAUAUAGUUGCACCUCCUGUUGAGCCAACAACAUAUAUCGUAGCUCCAAAUCCUGAAGUACUUGCCAAGCUGAUUCAGGAAAAUGCAAACAGUCUACCUCCUGCUUGGGCAUAUGUGGCACCAGCAUCACCUGCCAAUACAUUUACAAUUCAAAAAUAUGAUACAGAAGAGGGAGGAGAAGAAGGAGCAAAGGAGCUAACUAGUACAACAGACCAAGUUUUAGAAACUAAAAUCGAAAAUUUAGCUCAAAAGUGUCAAGAACUAAAUUUGGAACAGGCAAGAAAGAGAUUGUCGUAUAGCGAUCAUUCACAUGGAUCAGAUUCCGAAAGUGCUAGCACAGUACCAGGAUCUCCAACUAUGGUUGGAGAGCAAUUGUGUGAAAAUUUGGAUUCAAUACCAGGAGAAAGAAAACUUUCCAAUGGUUAUCCUGAACAAAAUGUUUUCUCUGAUGAAGCUUCUUCUUCAAAACCACAAACUCCUGGUGCUUCAAUUCUGUCACCUUCGCAACCUUUGAACCCUAGUCAUGGUAGUGAUCCGAUCUACGAAUGUACAACAAGCGUUGUUCGUUCAGUGAUGCAGUUACUACAAGGAGUCCAAAAAGGCCAACAUGCUGAUUACUUAGAAUUGGUCAAGAAUGUUGGGAUUGAGCUUCGAAGUCUGCUUGCUGCUGUUGAUCAUUUUGUUCCCCAACUGCCUUCUUGGUCACAUAAAGAGAUUGAAAUGGCUCAUAGUGUAUUGAGCAAAGAUAUGGUUAAUCUUGUUCAAGCAAUGAAGCAAGCUCAGAGAUUUGCACAAACAACUCUUGAUGGGGAAUACAGAAAGCACAUGCUGUCUGCUGCUCAUGUGAUUGCAGUAAAUGCAAAAAAUCUCCUUGACACCGUGGCAACAGUUAGAGCAAGAGUACACUCUGGACUUGGACCUGAUGAAUCUUUUUCUAUAAGAACUGUAGCACCCCCUACGGAUGAAAGCCCUUCAUUUGUUGAUAAUUCUGUACAUCAACCUGUUGAAUCGUCAUAUUAUAAUAUUCAGACAGAAACUGCUAUUAGAGAAAGAGACUGUGAAGCCACAUCUGAAACACAAGAAAACAAAGCUGGCGAAUUCGUAACGUAGCUUUUAACUACUUCAGUAUUUUUCAGAGUUUAUAAAAUACUCAACCAGAACAAAAUUUAUACAGUUCAUACUUUGUCUUGCAUAUAUCUAUACAUAUGUAUCUAUGUCUAGAUUUAUGUAUAUUCUUUGGUCUAAUAUUUAAUGAAUUUUAUUAGAUAUUUAAAGAUAAUUUUAUUUCAUAGGAAUUUCCCCCUUUUUAUGGCGUAAAAACUUGAUUUGCAUUCGCACUAUUUUCUGAUAUACUGUAGAUUUUAUUUUUGCUUGAUUUUAUUUUAGAUGUUGAUUUGCUUGACUCUUUCCAAGCAAUGUGUUGUGUUUUGUUAGAAUUUCUUUAUAUUUUUAUCUAUUUAUUUUUUAAAAGAAUUUUUUUUACGGUUCACUUAAAACUGCAAUAUUUCCAUCUUUCAUUCUCUGCAAGUGAAUUUAUUAUGACUUCUUUUUAUCUCAUAGAAAUCUUACGUGUUUCUCAUUGUCACCAUUGCUUGUGUGAUAUUUUUAAGAAUGUUUAUUCAAUGCCAAAGAUGUUUCAAUAUUCUUAUAAUAGUUCCUAUUGUAAAAGAUGAAAUUCUUUUUUUCUUCAACUACAUCGUCUUUCUCAUAUUAUGCAAAUAUAAUUUUGGGGAAAAAAAUAUAUAUUGCACACCUAAUACAACACCGCCACAAGUCAAAAAUUGUCGAUUUUGUGUUAUAUACAUGUCCUGGUGCAUAUUUAUUAGUUAUAUUCAAGUGCAA